CGUCGUCCAGUCUUCCGGGAGCUUCGGUUGUCCAUCGAGAGCCUGUCUCACCUCUUUCCGGAAGGCCGCACAACAUUCUUCCUUUCUCAGCUUCCACCACAUGGUUCUCUGCUCUACCUUUGUCUUCUUAAUCUUCCUACCCACCACCAGAAUCAUCCUACAUACUACCAUCCUAUGCUGUCGAGCUACACUCUCCCCUACCACUACUUUACAGUCAGUAACCUCCUUCAGAUUACAUCGUCUGCACAAAAUAUAAUCUACCUGCUCUUGUAGGUCACUAUAUGUUCCUCCCUCUUCUGGAAAUAAGUGUUCACUACAGCCAUCUCCAUCCUUUUUGCAAAGUCCACCACCAUCUGCCCUUCAAAGUUCCUUUCAUGGAUGCCGUACUUACCCAUCACUUCUUCAUCGCCCCUGUUUCCUUUACCAAUAUGUCCAUUACAAUCUGCACCAAUCACAACUCUCUCGCUGUCUGGGAUGCUCAGAACUACUUCAUCUAGUUCCUUCCAGAAUUUCUCUUUCAUCCUGCUCCCUUUUUGAGGAUAAGGGGCUCAAUAAAGUGAUGGCUGGAUGAAAAAGAAUAAUAAUCUGAUUCUAAUUACCAUAUUCUUAUCAAAAUAAUAACAUUUAGUUUUACAGUACUUUAAAUGUUAUCAUAUAUUUUCUUGUUGUCGUCUGAUGAUUAAAAUGCAACUAUACAUUUUGUUCAAAUGUGGACUUUGAUCACAGAUGUUUUAUCUAUAAUGAUUAAAAGAAUGCAUUGUUUUUGUUUUCAUCAUAAAUGUAUCUGUCUCGUGGUUUCAUAAGAUAAUAUAUUUGUGUUAUCACAGGACAAUAUUUUGCAGCGUUAUUUAAUUUUUUUUUUAUCACAGAUGGUGAUGUAAUAAGGCUAACAGUAUCAUUUAGAAACAAGAAAGGAAACAAGGAUUUAAAAAAACAUUUUCACACAAUUUUGAAGGUUGUAUCAAAGAAUAGUAACACUAUAAGAUGUGCAGUACAACUACUUUUAUUGCUACUACUACUAUUACUACUACUACUACUGUACUACGACUAGUACUAAUAAAAAUUAUUGGGCAAUGUGCUACUGGGUCUUUUCUUUUCCUCCCUCUCGUUUUUUUGGGUGGUGGGGGGGCGGGGGCACGGGGGCAGGUUCCAGCAUGUGUGCGCGCCCCACAGAAGCGUUGCCUCCAGCGUGCGCGCGCGCACCUCCAUACAGCUUGGACCGGAGCGGUGGAGACAUCAGAUAUUGCUAAGCGGUCAGCACCAACCUGGCUCGGCCUGAUUUGCGACCAUUUGACUCGCUCAUACGGACCUCAGCCUCAAACGCAAGGUGACAAGCAGAUGUUGCCUUACGUGCCACUGUACAUAAGAUGUCUGACUGUGGAGAUCCCACAUGUUGAAGAUGUGAUGCUCGAGAGCCAAGAGAUGUUCGACACGGCAUGACGGCAUUCAGUCGACACCCAAAAUGUGGCCCCCAGACUUCGGACCCCCGGACUUUGGACCUCCCGACACCCAGACGACUCUUCACAGUCUCUUUGAAAAUGUGGAGAACCAGCAGCAGCCCCCAUAUUCUGGGGUUCAGUCAUCAAUUCUUCCGGGUAGUGCUGGGCUGUGCUGUGCACCCAAGACUACCCUGUCCUCUCUGGAGCUCACCUGCAAGUCCAACCCUGACAAAACAGAGGUGGAAUUCUCCACCAGUCCUAAAAACUCCCAUGUGUUCUGCGUUAGUUCCCAACCUCCCCAUCCUGUAUCUUACAUCCUACCUGGUUGGGAUACAUCUCAAAAAACCCCAGAGGGCCGUCUCUGCGUAAAACAAGAGCUGACAGGGGACAUGUUCCAUGAUCAGCCAUGUCUUUGGACCGACUGCAAUGCCACCUGCAGGAGCCCGGAGGAACUGGCAAGGCACAUAGAGAAGGUGCACGUGGACCAGCGUAAGGGGGAGGAAUUCGCCUGCUUCUGGGCUGAUUGCGUCCGACGCAGAAAGCCUUUCAAUGCACGCUACAAGCUGCUCAUCCACAUGAGGGUGCACUCUGGGGAGAAGCCCAACAAGUGCAUGUUUGAGGGCUGCUCCAAAGAAUUUUCCCGUCUGGAGAACCUGAAGAUCCACCUGCGGAGCCACACAGGGGAGAAGCCAUACAUUUGCCAGCACCUCGGUUGCUUUAAGGCCUUCAGUAACUCCAGCGAUCGCGCCAAGCACCAGCGAACUCACCUCGACACGAAGCCAUAUGCCUGUCAGAUCCCAGGGUGCACUAAGCGCUACACUGACCCAAGCUCCCUGCGAAAGCACGUCAAGACUCAUUCAGCCAAAGGCAUCCAGGAGGCCAAGAUUCACAUGUACACAGUACCAGAAUCAGACCUGUUCAACAGCUCAACUUUCCUGGACCUAGACAACUUCCCAGGUUCGUUCACUAAAGGAGAGAGCUUGGACCAUGUGCCCAUCCAAGCUGACAUCCACUCUCUCGGGAUUGGAGGAAACUUCCACGGGAGGAACACACUGUUUACGACCUCAACUGACACCCUCCUGCAGCAACAACACGUGUUUCCAGGGGAACUCUUUGGGGAGAGGAGAACUUCUCGGCCAAUUGUUGAAGGAGGUUUUGUCGAACCAGCUGUGUGUUUCCCACAAACCUCAGCAGCAUCCUCUGCAGGUGUGAUCUCCAAUCUCUGGAAGGGUUUACAGCCGGCUGGAAUGAGAAUCAACACCUCCAAAUCUGAGACUAUGGUCCACAGUCUGAAAAGGGUGGCGUGCGCUCUCCAGAUCAGGGAUGACAUCCUGCCCCAAGUGUAAAAUUCAAGUAUCUUGGGGUCUUGGUCACGAGUGAGGGAAGAUUGGAACAGUAAACUGAGAGGCAGAUUGGUUCCAGGGUCUGCAGUGAUGUGUACUUUGUAUUCGUCUGUUGUGGUAAGGAAGGAGCUAAAUUGAAAGCUGAAGCUCACAAUUUACCGCUUGAUUUAUGUUCUUACCAUCACCUAUGGUCACAAGCUUUGGGUCGUGACCAAAAGAACAAGUUCCCGGAUACGUACAGGUGAAAUUAAUUUCCUCUGUAGGGUGUCCGGACUCUCCCUUCGAGAUAGGGUGAGAAGGUCGAUCAUCCGGGAGGUGCUCCAUGUCAACCCGCUGCUCUUCUGCAUUGAGAGGAGCCAGAUGAGUUGGCUGGGGUAUCUUAUCCAGAUGCCUCCCUGGUGAGGUGUUCUGGGCAUGUCCCACCGGAAAGAAACCCCAGGGACGACAUGAUGGAGAGACUGUGUCUCUCAGCUGGCCUGGAGAUGCCUCGAGAUCCCCCCGGAAGAGCUGGAUGAAGUUACUGGGGAAAGGGAAGUCUGGACAUCCUUGCUAAAGCAACUGGCCCCGUGACUCGAACUGGAAAAGCCAUAGAAGAUGGAUGGAGGGACUUCAAACAAGCAACAUUUGAGCCUACUCCUAGCUACAAUGUUGGGACCUCAGCAACCUGUUUUUGUUGUGAUCACGUGAGCUCUCCAUACUUUCUGGGCGCUUCUGGAUAGAAGUGCUGGAGCCGG